UUUGGAUUAAAAAGCUGUACAAUUUUACUGGGUUUGAAAAAGUCUUAUGAAAUCUCCUUUGAAUUAAUUCUGGGAUAAUGUGAUAUUAUUGAGUUUUCUUGUGUUACAAGCAAUGGCAUCCCAUUAAGGCAAGGAAUUUGAGGCACUAGAACUGCAUUUGCCUUGAACAAAUCCACCGGAGCAGUGGGGCGGCAGUAGCCAUGGAUCGAAUGAGGCCGGUGUAUGUCAGGCAGAAGAGCGGUGGCAACACCCCCGGACCACCAACCUCUCCAAUGAUGUCGCCAAUGCACCACCAUGGGAGGUCGGGGUCGGUUGGAAUGGGGGGUGCCAAGAAAGCGCAGCACACGAAAGCUGCGGCUCAAAGACUUGCACAUGUGAUGGCCAAUAAACCAACUGAGGACGACGAUGAGGACGACGAUGACCUUUCUUAUGAUCUUAGCAGCUUGUCAAGCAGCACAGGGAGCAUCGGACUUGCCGGUGGAAGAUCAAUGCGCCCUCGCUCCCCAAUGUCAGUUCGUACUGUUCAAGAUCAACCUACAUCUACACGCACAACACCGGGUGGCCGAUCAUCUCAAUCUGUCAAUCCUGUGGAACAGCCAUCUUCAACUCAUUCAACACCAGCUAGCAGAUCAUAUCAAUCCUUAAACCAAGCAGAACAACAAUCAUCUGCUCAUUCAACGCCAGCAAGCCGACCCUUUCAAUCCAUCAACACUAAAUCCACCAACUCUGCUGCCGAACAACCACAUUCUCUUCGUUCUUCGAUAGCUACUAGACCAUCGCAGCCGUCUAGUUCCAACGAACAACCUACCUCUGCUCGUUCUAUGUCAGCCAUGAACUCUGUAGAACAACCACAUUCUAUUCGUUCUGGCAUGGCUGCAACUCGAUCAUCUCAGCCUACCAACUCUGUCGAACAACCUAGCUCUGCUCGGUCUAUGUCAGCCAUGAACUCUGUAGAACAACCAUAUUCUAUCCGUUCUGGCAUCGCUACUCGAUCAAAUCAGCCUACUAACUCUGUGGAACAACCUACCUCUGCUCGUUCUUUAGCCGCUGCUCGUCUACAAUUAGGAACCAAGCCAGUCCACAUGGUACCAGCUAGUGUACCUAUAUCACUUAGGCCACCCUCUUCUGCAGAUGGUCCAGUUGAUAAUCGGAGAGAGCCAGUACCUAUAUCACUUAGGCCACCAUCUACUGCCAUUCUAUCAGAAGCUGCUGCAGUUGACAAUCGGAGAGAUAAAAGGUUGUCUUUGGAUUUAGGCAGUUUAAACAUGAGAGAAACUAGGACUCAGCGUUCUUCUGCUUUACAAGAUGAGCUUGACAUGCUACAGGAAGAAAAUGAAAGUUUACUUGAAAAGCUUCGACUUGCAGAAGAGAGGUAUGAGGAAACAGAGGCAAGAGCUCGACAGCUCGAGCAACAGGUUGCUACUCUUGGAGAAGGUGUAACAUUAGAAGCCCGUCUUCUAAGCAGAAAGGAGGCAGCACUGCAGCAAAGGGAGGUGUGUGUUUCAACAUAUCAUUCAUAUACCUACACCGUUACACAGCACAUGUACUAUGCUGCUUUGAGAUUGGCUGCACAAACUCAUGGCGGCAGUGGUGGCGGUAGUGGUAGAAAUGAUGAAGCAGAGUAUGAACUGAAAUCGCUUCGGAUUAUGACUCAAAGAAUGAUACUUACUCGCGAAGAGAUGGAAGAGGUGGUCUUGAAGAGAUCUUGGCUUGCUCGGUACUGGAGUUUAUGUGUUGAACACGGUAUUCAUGCUGAGAUUGCCACAUCAAGAUAUGAAUUCUGGUCAGCUCUUGCUCCUCUUCCUGUUGAAGCUGUUUUAGCUGCUGGAGAGAAAGCUAAGGAGGAGAUAGAACACAACGAUCUAGAUAUAGAUGAAAGAGAAGAUAGUCCACGCAAUUUGAAUGAACUCUCGGGAGAGAGAAACAUUGAGAGCAUGCUUUUAGUGGAGAAAGGUCUGCGCGAAAUAGCUUCAUUGAAGGUAGAGGAUGCAGUGGCGCUGGCGAUGGCUCAACAUCGACGACCCAGUUCAAUGAAAACUGGUCUAUCAGAGUUGAAGCUACCAAUUGAUGGACAGUUUGAAGCAUUUGAACUAAGCAAAGAGGAGUCUGAAGAUGUGCUUUUCAAGCAGGCAUGGCUUGCAUAUUUCUGGAGAAGAGCCAAAAAUCAUGGGGUGGAAGCAGAUAUAGCAGAUGAGCGUUUGCAAUUCUGGAUCAACCACAACUCCAAAUCACCCACCACUUCACAUGACGCAGUUGACGUUGAGCGUGGCCUUCUGGAGCUGAGGACGUUGGGCAUUGAAACCCAGUUGUGGAGAGAAUCUCGCAAGUGGCUUGAGCAUGAUUCGAUGCAUAGAGCCCGAAGUCUGUCUGAUUUCUGAUAAAAAAGUUGGAGGCAGGCCUUCUUCAUUGAUAUAAUCUCUUCUCCUUCCUUGGAAUAGAUUCAUUUUUGUACAAGUUUUCUGGUGUGGAGAAAACCUAGCUAAAAGGAAACACCAUAUAGUAUUUAACCAUUUAUUCAUAUGGUGUGGCAAAAUACAGAUUAAAGUGAAGACUUUCUUUAUAUAAUGGAUCAUGUACUCUCUCUGUAGCUAUGUUCCAACAGGGCACACCUUACCCAUCAUGGGCAGGGAGCAACUAACAUUUUCUCCACCUACCUAUACCCUCCACUUCUUGGGUUAACCUUGAGGGCUAAGAUCUUUUACCAUUUUUAGCUAAUUCCUUUAGCAAACCCUAAAUCAUAAACCACCAAGAUGUAUUUUUUCGCUUACUUAUCAAAAUAAACAA